UUUUCCACUUUGCAGGGAAGGAAUUGCAUAUUUCUCCGUCGAGAGGCAGCACUGAUCAUUCUUGAUAGUUGGUACUGAUGUAUUGUUAAAUAAACAUUAAUGUUUACGCACAUGAGUUGAACGGUUACUUCUGAAACAGUGGAAAAGGAGCGCGGAAAAAGAAUUGGGAAACAUAUAUUUGGGGAUGAGAAUGCAGAGUUCCUUUUAUUGUAAACGAAUUCCAUUUAUAGCAAAUCUGAUAUGCAGUUUAUGUACGAAUUGAUACGGGAGUAUAUGUAUUUAAUGUAGGUGUGUGGGGACGCGUGUGUUCUUACUCUCGCAAUCGCUUUACCAAAAAUUUCUGCUCUUUGCCAGGGAUUUGACUUUUCCGAUUAGCCAUCGUUUACAGUUGAUCGCACUCCAUUUUUAUUUAUUGUCUUUCCAGCAUUACUGCACCGUACCGUACAACUACAUUUUUUAUACUCUACUUCAUUAGUUAUGUUCAGCUGUUAAGUCCGUCAUUUAGAAUCAUUGAAAUUUUGCCAAAUGACUGUCGUUUCAGCCGUGUCGGAACCUGCAUUUAAGACACAUAUCGGUGAAAAGUUGGUUUUCGUUUUCGAGUACUGUUGUAAACGGAGAGGUACUGGUGCCAACAGAAGUCAUCACUGUAACAAUGUAUGUACAGGCUAGAUUUGCCCCAUUGUUAAGACACUGCGCAGAACUUCGCUUUGGUCCUUUAGCCGCAAACAUACGUAGCUGUAAAUCGAAAACUGGGGAGAAAGAAGAGGAUGUAGAAAACAUUUCAAGGCAGCUGGAAGAAGCAGCGCUUGGGAACAGUUCAGCAACAGACCAAGAUGAGAACUGGCUGACAUCUCCAUAUCCAAAAGGGGCAUUUGUUGGUCGUGAACGUCACCAGGCCCUUAAGCGUGAUCCAGCAAUUGACCCUCGUGAGACAUCCAUCAUUCUGUUUCCAGGACAGGGUACACAGUAUGUCGGCAUGGGCCGAGAACUACUCAGGUUCCCAUCUGCACGUGAUGUUUUUGAAGCAGCUAAUGAAGUUCUAGGCUAUGACAUUUUGAAGCUCUGCCUAGAAGGACCCAAAGAAGAACUAAAUCGUACAAUUCAUUGUCAGCCAGCUAUUUUCACUUGUUCCCUUGCAGCUGUUGAGCGUCUACAUGAAGAACGACCACAGGCUGUUGAAAGUUGUGUUGCAACAGCUGGUUUCAGCCUUGGAGAAAUAACAGCACUCACUUUUGCAGGAGCUCUGCGCUUUGACAGGGCAUUGAAACUGGUGAAGGUGCGAGCUGAAGCUAUGCAGUUAGCGUCUGAUGCAGAAGACAGUGGAAUGAUGACAGUGCUUUACGGACCUGAUUCUGAAUUGAAUAAAGCAAUGGCAAGUGCUAAAGAAUGGAGUAUAGCACAAGGCAUUGAGAAUCCAGAAUGCUGUAUAGCCACUUACCUGUUUCCACACUGCAAGGUUAUUGCUGGCCACUCUGAGGCUCUACGGUACAUUGAGACUAAUAUGCGGCAGUUCCGUCUGAAGGCAUGUAAGCGUCUACAUGUAUCGGGUGCAUUCCACACAUCUCUGAUGCGGCCCGCAGCAGAAGCGUUUCGUGCAGCUCUCCGCCGUACUAUGGUUGAUGACCCAGCUAUAACAGUGGUUUCCAACAUCAAUGGAAAACGUUACUUGAAUGGAGACCAUGUUAAACGCCAGCUUCCAAAACAGAUUUAUCAAGCUGUUCAUUGGGAACAGAGCCUGCACGCUCUGUAUGAACGUCCAGUUGGAGACUCUUUUCCUCGAACAUUUGAGUGUGGUCCGGGUGACUCGUUGCGACAGGUAUUAAAAAAGGUGAAUGGCAAGGCCUGGAACACAAGUUGGACAGUAACUAUUUAGCAUUUCACCAAUAGUAAAUUUUUAUGAUCAGCAGAAGAAUAUGCCAGGAACAACAUUGAUGAAGAAGCCUCGGUGUGUCUAAACUGUUCACAAAGUUCAUUGUUAAGUUAAAAUGACUGAGAGCCCUGUAUUUUGCAGAUAGGUGGUUGUUUACCAUGUGAUUUGCAUCUGAUGUACAUUUUGUGUUUUUCAUUGUCGCCGUUUUAACUGAAACACAAUAAAAAUAUAACUUUUUGUA